AUGCCGCCCGCGCCGCCGAUGCGCCCCGAGGCCAGUGGCACGGUCGCCGAGAACCAGUCCGGGCGUGCAAGCUUAAAGGGAAAGGGCGCCGGGCCCUACAAGGUGGACGGCGGCAAGGAGCUCUUCGAGGUCGAGCGCAUCCUCGACACCCGCCACCGCGGUGCCAGCGGCCCCGAGUACCUUGUCUCUUGGGUGGGAUACGCUCGCGCUGACGACUCGUGGGAGCCCGCCGCCAACCUCGCCCUCGCCAGCGGAAAAGUGCGCGAGUUUGAGCGCGCGAGGGUGGAGCCGCGGGUGAUGGCGGAGCGCGUCGUGGGCGCCAUCCAGGAGUACUACGUCGACCGCGAGGCCAGCGGCGAGGCGGUGGCGGGCGCCGGCUGGCGGCGUGCGAGCGAGGUGGAGGGCGGCCUCGUCGCGGCAUUUUGGGAGCGCGAGGCGCUGGCGGCGGUUCCGCGGGCGGCUGGCACGGCGCAGGCGGCGGCCAAGCCUCAGCGCGUCACCUCCGGCUCUGAGAUCACCUUUGCGGCGCUGCAGCCCCUGCUGCUCAAGCCGCUGCUCUGGACGACGGCCGCGGCGAGGGCCGCGCCUUCACUGUCCGGCGAGGGAGGUCGGGAGGAGGUGCUCGUGGCCAAGGCGGAGCCUGUCGUCGUGGCGGAGCCGUGGGGAGCGGCGAGGCUCGCGCCCUGCGCUCUGCUCGGGGCGGCACUCUCUCCCAUGUUCCACUGCGCCCCGCCUGCGAGGAGUGGCGACGCGGCCAACGGCGGUGGCGGCGGGCGGCGGCUAGGCGCGGCGGGCAGCAAGAGGAGGGUGAGUGGCAGCGCGCGGGACGGCGGCCAGCCCAAGCGCAUGCGCGGCGGGAACACCGCGACGGGCUGGACGGUCGAGGAGGACCUCGCGCUGCUGGCGGGCGUGCGGCGGUACGGGACGCAGUUCCCGCUCGUCGCUGCGGAGAUGCCGCCGCCCCCGAGCGGAAAGCAGCGCACGCCGGACGCGGUGCGCAACCGCCUCCAACGGCUUCAGAGCGACCAAGAGCUCCGAAAGGCUUUGGAUCAGCGCAAGGCAUCGGAGCGAGUGGCGGUGGAUGCGCUUCUGGCCGCCCAGUCCCCCCCGCCCGGCGCGGCCAGCUGCGGCAGCCUCGGCCCGCAGCACGGCGCUCUGACUGAGGCGAGGCCGACGCGCUGCAUCCGCGGCUCCGAGCACGGCCGCGCCAAGUGGAGCGCCGAGGAGGACGCGCUCAUUGAGCAGGCCCACAGCCUCCACGGCGGGCAGUGGCGCCGCAUCGCCGCCCAGCUGCCCGGCCGGUCCGACUCCUCGGUCCGCAACCGCUGGGUGCGCCUUAACGACGAGCGGCGCGAGCAGGCCGCGCCCGCCUCGCACCGCUCGUUCAUCUGCGAGCGCCCGCCCCCCAGCACCUCCCUGCUGCCCCCCGAUUUGUCUGCGCUGGCGGGACGCGUCGCCUCUGGCAUCGAUGUGUAUUCGGCAGUCUAACCCGGAAGAGGGUGGCGUCGACAUGGGCGUCGACGAGCCCAUGUGCGCGGUGCUUCUAUCACACACCCCUGCGCGGCACAGCAUCGGCGCGUGCGUGUGCAUCCCUGCACCAAUAGAGAUCAUGGUCGCCGCGCGCAUGUGUGUUCAUACGUCAGUACGGUGGUCGGGGGAUCUGGGCGAGGGUUGUGGCGGGUUCUCUCUGCAUGUGUAACGUACACGGCUCUCUAUGGCGCAUUGCAAUUUACACGCCAAAACCUGUAAACGUACGAGCACA